AUGACAAUCACCUCACAUCUUCAACAUUUGAUUGUACAGUGUUCCGGUAACCUUAGUGGCAUGAAAGUAUCGUCGGCAAAGUUGGAAGUGAACGGUGAACCUAUUUUCCUAAAACAACGUGUCCUCCCAUACGGUCAACGGGAAGGUGUCUUGAAAGUAUUACAGAAAAUGGAGCAGGAUGGUGUGAUAAGCAAAGUUGAAUCCAGUGCCUGGGAUACUGUGGUGAUUGUGUAA